UUAUUAUCAUUAUUAUAUAAACCGCUUCUUCAUUCUAAGAAGCUAAAAUCCGUCAGACGGACGCGCGUUUCGGCGAAACGAUUCAACAGUCGACGAUCUUUCUCGAAUCCCAUAAAACUCAUCGAGGCAAGACAGGACCCGUUAAGAAGUCCAGCGACGGCGAACCCGUUUGGGACGAGAAAUUAAUCGGGACGAUCAGCGACCGGGCGAGCAAGCCGUUUUUCCGGCAGAUUAUUCGAGCGAGAACGAGCGAACCAGAGAGAAGAACCGGGACCAUGAAGAACGCCCAUCCGAUCGUCCGCGCGACGACUUCCAGUCCGGUCGGUCCAGAUUCCGCGGGGCUUGGCGAACCGGCGGAGCCGAUCAUUCGGUUAAAGCUGCAGAAACCGCUGCACUGGGAGUGGGAACUCACGACAUCCGCCGACGCGUUGCCCGUCAUCCAGCUGUUGGACAAGGAUGGCCGAUUGCUAGUGGAGACCACCGGCCGAACGGCGCAACGGGCGAAAGGUUCCUUCAAGGAGGGCCUAAAGACUCAUAAACAAUACCCCGUCGAUGAGUCUCGAAGCAGCUCGAGGAGCAAGGAACGAACGUCCUCUCCGUCGACAUCUUCCGCCUCGUUUGUCGUGACGCCAUUUCAGAAUAACCGCAAUAUUGACGGCUUUAGCAGCAAAUUUGGUACAUGCAACUUUGCACCGCGGAAAUCCCGAAGCGACGUUAAUAUUAAAGAAGGGCAAAAAAGUAAAAAGAAGGUAGAAAAUAGAGAUAAAGAAGAAGGAAGAGGUAAAAGAAGACACUCGUCCGCCGUGGAAGAUCCAACGAUGAAAGCAAAGCUCGAAAGAGACAUCGAAGAAGCAGCGGGAUUCAAGAGGUACUCCGCCGGGGAUUAUCUCCGACAGCAAAUCGUGAACGAUUUGCGUACACGUAAUACGGUCGGGAGAACUCCGGAUGAGAUUGCCAAGGACAGAUGCAGAAAGGUCAAGGCGUACCUAAGAAGUCAGAGCGAGUCUCUGCUGAGUUUAGUUCGCGAGGAAGAAUACAGUGGAAAUGAAACCAAGGACACUGUCGAACAAAACGAGAAGAAUCUCGGAAAUCAUAAUUUGAAGAGGAACAAUACGGUCAAUUCCGAAGGUAAGGAUUCGUAUGGAGAAAAUAAGAAAGUGAAGUCGUAUUUGCGAACUCGAAACGCCUUAAUUCCAAAUGAGAAUUUGACGAAGGAGAGUUCUAAGCCGAAUGAAGACGAUAGAAUCAUUCGCAAAAUAAAGGAUAACAUGAAUGAGGAGGAGCUGGUGAGAAUCAGAGCGUUCCUACGCGAAAAGAUACAGCGGCGGAUGAAUAUGGAACAGACGUGUUCAAGAUUGGCCGUGCACGCUGGCGUUUCCGAACCAAUCGAAAAAGGCGGAAUCAGGAAAAGAUACUCGGACUAUAGUCACGAGGAAAAUCAAAAGAGCUACAGGACGCGAAAAGUGCGCAGUGAGACGAGUAUUUUGCGAUUCAAUCCCGAGGUGAUCGAGAGAGAAAAACUAAAGUCCAACAGACAAACGGAGAAGGAGAAGCCAAUGAAUUGUAGAAAAUCCUCCGAGGACUCUCAGCUUCAAAGACAGUCACGUAACUAUCGGCGCUCGAAGAGCGACGCUUUAGUCCAAGCUUUAGAGCCGGAAAAUCGAUUGAAAUUGCAGCUAAAGAGAGAGUCGUCGAGUCUGGACAGAAGGAAAGUCUACCGAAAAACCAAGAGCGACGUUUUGCUCGGACAAAUGACGGCAAUGGCGGCCAAUGCAGACAGCGCUAAGGACCUCGCAAAUCCCCUCAGACAUAUAAAGAGCCACGAAAAUGUGGAAAAGUCCUGGCGGGAAUACAAAGAGCGGAAAAGGAACGAGAGACUUCGCCGCGAAUCGGAAAGAGAAGUGCCUGAAGAGGACUUCAUGAGCAAACCGAGAUGGAAGGACCUGCAACGCGAUCUCUGCUCCUCGCGCGCUUGCAAGGUCUGCCAAAACUUGAGAAACUGCGUGAACCCAUUUUACGAUCGAAGUGAAAAGAUUCGUCAGGAAAACGAAGAAUUGUUGACAAAAAAAGGAGCUGUGGCGAAAAUUUCCGAUGGCGAUGCUUCAUCGACGAACGGCAGUAGACCCGGCACAAGUUUGCAGGAAAAUUACUUGCUCGUCGGGCAAAAGAAAACGAACGAGCGCCAAUCGCCGAUCAUCGCUAAAAUUCAAGUGAAAAAUCGCGGGAAUGAUAUUAGCAGCGUGUCUGCGUUAAAUGUCAAUUCCCCGGAUUUCGGAUACAAUUCGAUCCCUUCGAAGAACGCUUUCAAGGACUAUCGAGAGUUAUACACACGCUCGAACGUGAAGAAGAGCGACACCUUCAAGAUCGUCGACGGAAGUGAGGAUCUAGAAGAACGUACAAACGACUCUGAUUCGAAGAUAAACGACAUCGACGGUUCCGACAGCGAUUUCGGCUAUUUGAACGGCAAGACUUCGCUAAUAAAUAAAUCGAAUGAAGAUAUCACCAAGGAUUAUUUCAAGAGAGUUUACGAACUGCUGAAAAGGAGGCAAGAUGAGAUGAAGAAGCCAGCGAAUGAAAAUCACGAGUUUCUGGACUUCGAUGACUCUUCGUCUUCGAAUUACAUUGAAGAAAAGAAGAAGUCUCGUCGCAGCAGGAAAGAUGAAAGUCCACAAGGUGAGGAAGUGGUGACGGUGCCGUCUACCAGCAACAGUCAGGAGAGCUGGAAAGCGCAGAGAUUGUCCAUAAACGGCGAAUCGCCGCAAUCGAGCAAUCGUCGCCGCGGCUGCCGGCCUCAAUUGCAACCGGUUGUUUCCGGCGGUAAAAGGAAUCGACCGGCGCCACCCCCGCCGCCGCAGCCGAUAUCCUACAAGGUCAAUGCCAAGGAUGGGAUCGACAGGUACUUCGACUGGCCGAAUAAAGAGAACACGCCCGGAAAUGCCGUGAAUCGUUGCGAGGACGAUCACCAAACGAACCAAAUCCAGGCAACCGAGGAAGCGAUAAUGGGUUCGAACCUGAGCAGACAUAAUGGAAAGGGCCUUACUGGCCGGCGCACUCAAUCUUCCGGAAACUUGUGCGACCCUAAGGGAAAACUCAACAGUAUGGGGAAGAUACUAGUGCCCUGUUCCAGCGCGCAAAGAGAAAGGUAUAAAUUUUGCGGUUCGCUACCAAACCACUUGGACGAUAAAGAUGCGCUGGAUGACGAUCGAGGGGAUAAUAAUAACAUCUCGUCAGAAAAUGUUGGCGGAAAUUUCGGCGGCACGUUACCACACAAGAAACGCUCGUUAGGAGUGCACUUCUCGGACAGCGGACCGACCGGUACUUUGGAUCUCGUUAAACAUCGAUCGCAGGACUCUUUGGAUGAAAACGAUCCUUGGAGGUAUCAACAAAGUGACCUCGACCUCGUGCGAACCCGUCACGGUAACUUCGACUCGGUCAAGAGAAAUCGCAGCGCCGACACUGUGCUAGUCGACUCUGGCAGAAGAUACGGAGGUCGCGGCGUGUCCUCGGAGGACAGAUGCCACCGAAACUCGGACCUCGACCUAGUCGGCACGCUGCCGAAGCGCAAGCAGGACGCUAGAAACAACAGCGGCAGGAGCCUGCAAUCGAACUCGUCGUCUUCACAGCCGUGCAUAAUGAACGCCACCACCGACGUCAACGACGAGUUGCUGAUGAAGAUGGUGCAUAAGCCCGAUUGUGAACUGCUCAAACAUCGCCAGCAGCUCGGCAAGUGCGUCGAUUUAAAGCUGAGCAAACUGAGCGGCGAGCCACAGGAUCAGGGAUACGCGUCCGAGCGUUCGCCCGAGGACGAGCAUCCACCGUCGUUACCAGGCCAGCCGUUUCCAAAUGUGACACUUGAGAGUACAUUCCAAGUGACGCUACAGAAAAGCAGUCGCGGUCUCGGCCUGAGCGUUUCCGGUGGCGGCACCGCAGGGCCCAUCAGGGUGAAAAGACUCUUUCCUCAACAACCUGCUGCUCUUUCCAACAAACUUCAAACUGGCGAUAUACUAUUGGCUGCCAACGGGAGGCCGCUGACUGGUCUCACCAAUUACGAGGCUCUCGAAGUUUUGCGUAUGACGCCUAGCACGGUGGAGCUAGUAGUGUGCCGACUUCCAGGAGAUAGUAAUGUCACGCCACCCGGCGCACCACCGCCACCCCCGGCAAGGAGAGAGCCGUCAUCGUUACGUUUACUCAACCCCCUUCCGCCCCUGCAGAUCGAGCCCUGCGGCGAGUUUGAUAUCGAGAUGACAAAGGUCGGCGGCAGUCUUGGUUUCACUCUAAGGAAGGCAGACAGCAGUGCCCUGGGCCAUUAUGUGCGUGCACUAGUCCGAGAACCGGCGCUGAGCGACGGCAGAAUUCGACCGGGUGAUAAGAUCGUCGCGGUUGACGGCGCACCACUGUCUCCGAUGAGUCACGAGGAAGCGGUCCAGCUGCUACGACAAUGCGGACCGACGGUAAAGCUGCGGCUGUACCGCGAUCUAGCUCAAACCCCGGUCUCGGCACUCUCGCCUACUGAACCCGAUCACCCUCUCCGUCCGCCACGAACAAGUUUGAGACAAGAAGCUGUGGAUAUGCUGUGUGACUUAGCAGUCCGGAAGCUGUCACCUGGUGCAUCGAGUGGAUCUAGUAGCUGCAAGCAACAAUCACCUGGUGCGUCAUGCAAUUCACCCCGAAGACUACGUCGACUUGCUACGCGUACUCCCACUGCCGAAACCGAUCGAGAAAUUCCCGAGAGCAAGUUGCACGACGUGCAAACGACGUCGUCGACGGCCAGCCAAGCGGAGACCACGUCAGACUCGGACCAGUGCUCCGUCAGGACGCAAAUCACCAAUUCCCAGGCGAACACACCUGCGACCGACAUAAUCGAUCCACCGCCGCUCUACGACGUCUACUGCGACGUCGACGACGAGUCGAAGACAACGUCGAAUAAUGCAGCGGCCAGGCCUCGCUUUCUCGAUUUAUCGGCGCCGCAAGGUAAACCGCAUUUCCAGUUUUGCAGCGUUGAUUCUGACGGCGAAUAUCCAGGGGACGGCGACGUGAUCCUGGCCGAGGCGGAGUGUGGUCGGUUAGCCGAGCCGAGCUACAACGAUGACAGAAGCGUGACAGUACUAUCGAGCGACGAGCACGACAACGAUCUACCGUCCGAACCGGCCUCAAUGCCACCAGUGCUCUCAUCCACCAGUAGCACCAGCACCGCCGCCUUCAGCUACAAGAAUCCAGCUUACCAGAGCGCCAAUCCAGCCUGCGGCAGCGCCGGCAGCGAUCCGGCUGGAACCAAGAGCAAGGCUACACACUCGAGCGAUCAGGACAUUCCGGGAAAGGUCUUGGGAACGGACGAUCCGGGCGGCAGCAAGGGACUGUUGAAGUGGAAAGGUGUGAUGUUCGCUCCAAACGAUGAGGUAGAUCAAGAUGCCGAGCACGACCGAGAAGAGGCCGGGAGAGACACCACGGAUACGGUCGCUCCCAUCGAAGACGUUGAACAAGGCAGUGAGGUGUUCAUGGUGGAGCUGACGCGUGGGUGGAACAGCCGACUGGGCUUUAGCUUGCAGCCGGAAGGAAAUCAUACAGUGAUAUCGGUCGUGCAUCGCGACAGUGUCGCGGCCAAGGAUGGCAGGCUUAAACAAGGCGACGUGUUACUGAUGGUUAACGAGGAGAGUGUGGAACAUAUGUCAACAGCUGAUAUAAUAGAUCUAUUGCGCAAGAUACGCGGCUCAAUAGGCAUCACGGUGAUGAGAAAAUCCAAACGGAGUAAUAUAACGUGACACUAGUCCAGU